CCCAUAUUUCCCAUUCCACAGCCUCCCAAUAUCACUGCAGGCCACAUCAGCCACCCCAGCUACACUCUCUGCAUCGUCUUCUGCAGGGGGCUCCAGGACCCCUGCCAUGUCGUCAUCUUCUUCGUCGAGGGUCUUGCUGCGGCAGCAGCUAAUGCGGGCCCAGGCGCAAGAACAGGAGAGGCGUGAGCGUCGGGAACAGGCCGCAGCGGCUCCCUUCCCCAAUCCUGCACCUGCCUCUCCUGCCAUCUCAGUGGUUGGCGUCUCUGCUGGGGGCCAUACAUUGGGCCGUCCACCCCCUGCUCAGGUGCCCAGGGAGGUGCUCAAGGUGCAGACCCACCUGGAGAACCCGACACGCUACCACUUGCAGCAGGCACGCCGGCAGCAGGUGAAGCAGUACCUAUCUACCACACUUGGGCCCAAACUGGCUUCCCAGGCCCUCACCCCACCUCCAGGGCCCGCGAGUGCCCAGCCGCUGCCUGCUCCCGAGGCUGCCCAUGCUACCGGCCCCACAGGCAGUGCUCCCAACAGCCCCAUGGCACUGCUCACCAUCGGGUCCAGCUCAGAGAAGGAGAUUGAUGAUGUCAUUGAUGAGAUCAUCAGCCUGGAGUCCAGUUACAAUGAUGAGAUGCUCAGCUAUCUGCCUGGAGGCACCACAGGGCUGCAGCUCCCCAGCACGCUGCCUGUGUCAGGGAAUCUGCUUGAUGUGUACAGUAGUCAGGGUGUGGCCACACCAGCCAUCACUGUCAGCAACUCCUGCCCAGCUGAGCUGCCUAACAUCAAACGGGAAAUCUCUGAGACUGAGGCAAAGGCCCUUUUGAAGGAACGGCAGAAGAAAGACAAUCACAACCUAAUUGAGCGUCGCAGGCGAUUCAACAUUAACGAUAGGAUCAAGGAGCUGGGUACUCUCAUCCCCAAGUCCAGUGACCCGGAAAUGCGCUGGAACAAGGGCACCAUUCUGAAGGCCUCUGUGGAUUACAUCCGCAAAUUGCAGAAGGAGCAGCAGCGCUCCAAAGACCUGGAGAGCCGGCAACGAUCCCUGGAGCAGGCCAACCGCAGCCUGCAGCUGCGAAUUCAGGAGCUUGAACUGCAGGCCCAGAUCCAUGGUCUGCCAGUACCUCCCGCCCCAGGGCUGCUCUCCCUGGCCACGACGUCAGCCUCUGACAGCCUCAAGCCAGAGCAGUUGGACAUUGAGGAGGAGGGCAGGCCAGGCACAGCAACGUUUCAUGUAGUGGGAGGACCUGCCCAGAACGCUCCUCAUCAGCAGCCCCCAGCACCGCCCUCGGAUGCCCUUCUGGACCUGCACUUUCCCAGCGACCAUCUGGGAGAUCUGGGGGACCCCUUCCACCUGGGGCUGGAGGACAUUCUGAUGGAAGAAGAGGAAGGGGUGGUGGGAGGACUGUCAGGAGGUGCCCUGUCCCCACUGCGGGCUGCCUCCGACCCCCUGCUCUCUUCAGUAUCCCCUGCUGUCUCCAAAGCCAGCAGCCGCCGCAGCAGCUUCAGCAUGGAGGAGGAGUCCUGAUCAGGCCUCACCCCUCCCCUGGGACUUCCCUACCCAGGAAAGGAGGACCGGUCAGGAUGAGGCCCCAUCUUUUCCCCCCACCCUCCCGUGAGACUGCUCUGCCCAGGUAUUCUGGGGAUAAAGGAGAUGUUAUCCGGCCCCACCCUUGUAAUCAGGCAAAGAGGAGGAGUCAGAUGAAGCCCCGCCCCCUCCCCAAAGGAACUACCCAGUGCAGGUACUUCAGAGGAAGAAGGCUUGAGAAGGCCCCGACAUCAGGGCCCACUCCCUGUGGAUCACAGCCUCACCCCUGCCCCCUUGGGACCUAUAGUUACCCAGGUGAGGGAAGGGGACAGGAUAAGUUGCCCCUGUCCCCUAGGUACUGUGCUAGCUAGCUCUGAGUAACGGAGGUGUCAGGAUGAUGCUCCAUUCCCUCUCUUGGAACCACCAGUCUAGUCCAUCCUGGCACAGAAGAGGAGUCAAAUGAUGGAGGUCCCAGCCCUGGGGGUUUAAGCCCUGCCCCUUCCCCAUGUACCCUGCCCUGCCUGGGCAAGGAACAGAAGUGAGAAUGAAACCUGGCCCCUUCCCCUAGGAACUCAGUCCUGGCCUUCUAGGAAUGGAGGAACCAGCCCCCCCCCCCCCAUAGAAACAGCUCAGCACAAGUAUUUCAGGUGUGGAGGAAUCCUUUGGACCAGGCCACCCCUCAUAGAGAUGUCAGCCCUGCCCUUGUCCCUUAGCAACAUCCCAUCCAAGCAUUCCACACUGCAGGGAGGAGUGGUACUUAAGCUCCCCUGCCUUAAUUUGGGACCAACCUGACCUAACCUAGGAGGGCUCUGAACUGACCUUGCUUUUGGGGGAAGGGAGAUCUUGAAAUCUUAUGGAUUGACUUUCUAGGCCUAGAUCUAGAGUGAGAGUUGGGCCUGCACCUUGGGCAGGGUCCUGCCUUGAGGGACAGUUUGGGAGGUGAUGGGGAUUAGUGGGGUAACUGAGUCCAGGUUACCAGAACCAGUGAAGGGGCCAUUCCUGGGAGUUUCCCAGCCCAGGAAAAAGUGGAAGCCUCCCCCAUCAAGGCAGAGGCUUGGAGGAGGGUUGCAAGAGCAUAUACCCUUUCAUUUGUUUAUCUGAUUUUUUUUAUUGACAUGCCAUACUCAGAAGCUAGGUCACCCCCAACCUCUGACCCCCAUCCAUUUCUCCAUUUGGAGGAAUCACCCCAUUUCAAAGUUAUCCAGAGACACUCCCCACCCAUUCCCACCCCUCAUGCCUACACCCAAGGUUGGCAGUUUUGGGUUAUUGGGGCCAGGUCCCAAGGAGGGUGUACUGAGGGGUCUGUAGAUUUGUGAUUAAAAUAAUAAAAGCUAGGCGUGUUUGAUGCGCUUUUAACUUUGGCAAA